AUGUCUCUCGAGGAUCACCUUAGAGCGAUCCAGAACUCCAUCCAAUCAAACACUCUCCAUGUCACGCUGUCGAUAAACCCCACGUCUUCUCAUAUUGCGCCUCUCCAGAAGGCUCUACAGAGCUACUCCAAUAGCCAAUUGAUGUCUAAUAUCGAAAAAAUUGGGUACUUUGACAACAACUGGCCCUCUUUCGAGAGUCUGGUCCAGAACUAUCUUAUAUUUGUGAGAGAUUUCGACCCCUGGUCUUUGCAAAGGUCCGUGGACUUGCUGAUCAAAUUCUACGAGAGUCUUAGUGUUGCAUUGAAUAAUGCCCAGAAUGCCAAACUGCUUGUUCUUGUAAAGGAAUCAACUUCGCAAAUUGUACCAGUGGCAAAAUUGGCCGACCAGAGACUCAUGAACGCCACAGGCAGAAUCAAUGAUUAUCCAAGGCUGUCAUACAUGUCCACGUUGUUGCUGAAAAGUCUGAACAAUAUCAGAAACGACCCUGAACUGGGAAUCCCGUCCAAACGGUUCAAGAUCUCGAUCUUGAUGUUUCUGAGUAUAACUCUGUGCCAGACGUACAUGUCGAUCGACUCUGUCAUGCUCUGCAACAAUGUGUUCUCCAACAUCAAUAUCCUCAACCUCGACAAAAGUCUCAUUUCGCGCAAGCAGCUCAUCCAGUACAGAUUCAUGCUCGGGAAAUUCCAUCUUCUCCAGAGCAACUAUUACCUUGCAUACCACCAUUUUGACUGGUGUUUCUCCAACUGUCACCAACAAACCCCAUUGAAGAAUAUCCUGUUGAUUCUCAAGUACCUGAUCCCGUCAGGACUACUUGUCGGGAGAUGCCCCAACCUCGCAUACUUACAAUCGCAGCUGGGGAACCAUCAUCUGUUGCAGCUCUACGCUCCGCUGAUCCAGUGCUACAAAAACGGGGACCUGUUUUCGUUUUCGAAAUUGGUGGCCACCAACCAGCAAUACUUUGCCAAUUUGGGGAUUUUGGUCGGAUUUCUCCAGCGAGUGCGAAUUCUGAUUCUGCGCAACCUGAUCCAAAAGGUGUACAAACUACAAGGCGGCUUGUCGUUUGAAACGGUGGGAAGAGCCCUGAGACUGUCGAUUGACCCAGACCAGACGCGUAGCUAUUUCGGCUCGAAAUCACUCUGGAUGUAUACAAUCACGAACGGCGACCUAGACGAGUCGUUCACAGAGACGCUGCUGAUGACAUUGAUCGACGCGAACCUGCUCAAGGCCAAGUUGACCCCGUCCAAAACCAUCAUCCUGAGUAAAUCUGGGCUUUUUCCAGCCGCAUACAAUGUGUAUGCAAACAGCUACAAAAAAAACGAAAAGGAACGGUGGCUCGAAUAA